GCACACACCCACUACACGAGCGAUCAGCGCCUCGGCAAGUGCAAGUCCUGGUCCCCAAGGCAGCAACAAGAGGCCCGGGCCGCGUCCACUCACCCUAGGACCCUCAUUCGGUCGCCAGGACCUCAGAGUGCCCCAAUACCAGAGGCGCCCAGAAUCAAGAUGCUGUGUCAGCUCUUCCCAAGAAUGUGAGCAGGGUACUAGGCUCAGUCACAUCUUCUGUGACAGCAGAAGAUCUGGACCCCUCAGCUCCGAGUGCUGCAUUCCCUGCACUUCCCUCAUACAGCUCCAUCCACGGGCAUCACCAUGACAGCCCAGAACACAAACACUAGUUUUGCUCCCAACUUUAAUCCACCCCAAGACCAUGCCUCCUCCCUCCACUUCAACUUCAGUUAUGGUGAUUAUGACCUCCCUCUGGAUGAAGAUGAGGACAUGACCAAGACUCGGACCUUCUUUGCAGCCAAGAUCGUCAUUGGAGUGGCCCUGGCAGGCAUCAUGUUAAUCUGUGGCAUUGGCAACUUUGUCUUCAUUGCUGCCCUCGCCCGCUACAAGAAACUGCGCAACCUCACCAACCUGCUCAUUGCUAACCUGGCCAUCUCUGAUUUCCUGGUGGCCAUCGUCUGCUGCCCCUUCGAGAUGGACUAUUAUGUGGUGCGCCAGCUCUCCUGGGAGCAUGGCCAUGUGCUGUGUGCCUCUGUCAACUACCUGCGUACUGUCUCCCUCUACGUCUCCACCAAUGCCCUGCUGGCCAUCGCUAUUGACAGGUAUCUUGCCAUCGUUCACCCCUUGAAACCAAGAAUGAAUUAUCAAACCGCCUCCUUCCUGAUUGCUUUGGUCUGGGUGGUUUCCAUCCUCAUUGCCAUCCCAUCAGCCUACUUUGCAACUGAAACCGUCCUCUUUAUUGUCAAAAGCCAGGAAAAGAUCUUCUGUGGUCAGAUCUGGCCAGUGGAUCAGCAGCUCUAUUACAGGUCCUACUUCCUGUUUAUCUUUGGCCUCGAGUUCGUAGGGCCUGUGGUCACCAUGACCCUAUGCUAUGCCAGGAUCUCCCAGGAGCUCUGGUUCAAGGCAGUCCCUGGGUUCCAGACAGAGCAGAUCCGCAAGCGACUGCGCUGCCGCCGGAAGACAGUCCUGGUGCUCAUGUGCAUCCUCACAGCCUACGUGCUGUGCUGGGCCCCUUUCUAUGGCUUCACCAUUGUGCGCGACUUUUUCCCCACUGUGUUUGUGAAGGAGAAGCACUACCUCACCGCCUUCUACGUCGUGGAGUGCAUCGCCAUGAGCAACAGCAUGAUCAACACCGUGUGCUUUGUGACGGUCAAGAACAACACCAUGAAGUACUUCAAGAAAAUGAUGCUACUCCACUGGCGACCCUCUCACCAUGGGAGCAAGUCCAGUGCUGAACUUGACUUCAAAACCAGCGGGGUCCCUGCCACUGAAGAGGUGGACUGUAUCAGGCUGAAGUGA